AUGACAGACAAGGCAGCCAAUUGGGCGCUCCCCCUCAUUGGGGCCAUUAUCAAGGGCAAGGGUAACCCGCCAACCACCAUCCCGGCCUUAACGGCCAAAUUUAAAGAAGCCUUUGCCAAUCCAGACGCAAAGAGGGCGGCCGCCAGAAAAAUUGCCAUGUUAACUCAGACCACAACCACGUCUGAGUAUGUCACCAAGUUUCAUAACCUCAUUGCGGAACUUGACUGGAACAAGGAGGCGUACAUUGCCCAGUUCAUGCGCAGCCUUCACUGGAAGGUCAAAGAGCUCCUGUCCACCAAGGACAACAUCCCUGAGGAGCUCAAGGCAAUUUUUGCGGCCUCAAUCAAAAUAGACAACACCCACCGCAAAAAUGAAGAAAACCGCCCCAAGAAGGCUCCCACCAAAUCCCUGGCCACUGUGGCCACCUCCACUACCACAACUAGGGUCCGCCUAUCCAAGGACCCCAAUUACGUCACCCCAGAGGAAAGGGAUUGCCACUGCGCAGCCAGGCUGUGCGUCAAAUGUGGCCAAAAAGGGCACGGUAUCAAGCAAUGCCCCAACGGCUGGAAAGCCAUGGUCAAGGAAGUUGCCAAGGUGGUGGAAGAAGAGUCAGGAAAAGAGUAG